GUUUAGAAAUAAGCACUGCUAUUGGCGAUCGGUCAGGAAUAGCAAGUAAGAAUUGCAAUUUGGGCAAUGCUUAUUUUAGUUUAGGAAAAUAUCAGAAAGCCAUUGACCAUUACAAAACAGGUUUAGAAAUAAGCACUGCUAUUGGCGAUCGGUCAGGAAUAGCAAGUAACAAUGGCAAUUUGGGCAAUGCCUAUCUUAGUUUAGGAGAAUAUCAGAAAGCCAUUGACCAUUACAAAACAGGUUUAGAAAUAAGCACUGCUAUUGGCGAUCGGUCAGGAAUAGCAAGUAACAAUAGCAAUUUGGGCAAUGCCUAUGAACGUUUAGGAGAAUAUCAGAAAGCCAUUGGCCAUUACAAAACAGGUUUAGAAAUAAGCACUGCUAUUGGCGAUCGGUCAGGAAUAGCAAGUAACAAUGGCAAUUUGGGCAAUGCCUAUCGACGUUUAGGAGAAUAUCAGAAAGCCAUUGACCAUUGCAAAACAAGUUUAGAAAUAAGCACUGCUGUUGGCGAUCGGUCAGGAAUAGCAAGUAACAAUGUCAAUUUGGGCGAUGCCUAUCUUAGUUCAGGAGAAUAUCUGAAAGCCAUUGACCAUUACAAAACAGGUUUAGAAAUAAGCACUGCUAUUGGCGAUCGGUCAGGAAUAGCAAGUAACAAUGGCAAUUUGGGUAAUGCCUAUCUUAGUUUAGGAGAAUAUCAGAAAGCCAUUGACCAUUGCAAAACAGGUUUAGAAAUAAGCACUGCUAUUGGCGAUCGGUCAGGAAUAGCACGUAACAAUGGCAAUUUGGGCAAUGCCUAUGCAUGUUUAGGAGAAUAUCAGAAAGCCAUUGACCAUUGCAAAACAGCUUUAGAAAUAAGCACAGCUAUUGGCGAUCGGUCAGCAAUAGCAAGUAACAAUGGCAAUUUGGGCGAUGCCUAUCUUAGUUUAGGAGAAUAUCAGAAAGCCAUUGACCAUUACAAAACAGGUUUAGAAAUAAGCACUGCUAUUGGCGAUCGGUCAGGAAUAGCAAGUAAGAAUGGCAAUUUGGGCAGUGCCUAUCAUAGUUUAGGAGAAUAUCAGAAAGCCAUUGACCAUUACAAAACAAGUUUAGAAAUAAGCACGGCUAUUCGCGAUCGGUCAGGAAUUGCAAGUAGCAAUGGCAAUUUGGGCAAUGCCUAUGAAUAUUUGGGCGAAUAUCAGAAAGCCAUUGACCAUUACAAAACAAGUUUAGAAAUAAGAACGGCUAUUGGCGAUCGGUCAGGAAUAGCAAUUAGCAAUGGCAAUUUGGGCAAUGCCUAUCAUAGUUCAGGAGAAUAUCAGAAAGCCAUUGACCAUUGCAAAGUAGGUUUAGAAAUAAGCACUGCUAUUGGCGAUCGGUCAGGAAUAGCAAGGAACAAUGGCAAUUUGGGCAAUGCCUAUCUUAGUUUAGGAGAAUAUCAGAAAGCCAUUGACCAUUACAAAACAGGUUUAGAAAUAAGCACUGCUAUUGGCGAUCGGUCAGGAAUAGCAAGUAACAAUGGCAAUUUGGGCAAUGCCUAUCGACGUUUAGGAGAAUAUCAGAAAGCCAUUGACCAUUGCAAAACAAGUUUAGAAAUAAGCACUGCUGUUGGCGAUCGGUCAGGAAUAGCAAGUAACAAUGUCAAUUUGGGCAAUGCCUAUCUUAGUUCAGGAGAAUAUCUGAAAGCCAUUGACCAUUACAAAACAGGUUUAGAAAUAAGCACUGCUAUUGGCGAUCGGUCAGGAAUAGCAAGUAACAAUGGCAAUUUGGGUAAUGCCUAUCUUAGUUUAGGAGAAUAUCAGAAAGCCAUUGACCAUUGCAAAACAGGUUUAGAAAUAAGCACUGCUAUUGGCGAUCGGUCAGGAAUAGCACGUAACAAUGGCAAUUUGGGCAAUGCCUAUGCAUGUUUAGGAGAAUAUCAGAAAGCCAUUGACCAUUACAAAACAGGUUUAGAAAUAAGCACUGCUAUUGGCGAUCGGUCAGGAAUAGCAAGUAACAAUGGCAAUUUGGGCAAUGCCUAUCGACGUUUAGGAGAAUAUGAUAAAGCCGUUUACCAUUACAAAACAAGUUUAGAAAUAAGCACUACUAUUGGCAAUCGGUCAGGAAUAGCAAGUAACAAUGGCAAACUGGGCAUUGCCUAUACUUGUUUAGGACAAUAUCAGAAAGCCAUUGACCAUUACAAAACAGGUUUAGAAAUAAGCACUGCUAUUGGCGAUCGGUCAGGAAUAGCAAGUAACAAUGGCAAUUUGGGCAAUGCCUAUCGACGUUUAGGAGAAUAUCAGAAAGCCAUUGACCAUUGCAAAACAGGUUUAGAAAUAAGCAUUGCUAUUGGCGAUCGGUCAGGAAUAGCACGUAACAAUGGCAAUUUGGGCAAUGCCUAUGCAUGUUUAGGAAAAUAUCAGAAAGCCAUUGACCAUUACAAAACAAGUUUAGAAAUAAGCACUGCUAUUGGCGAUCGGUCAGGAAUAGCAAGUAACAAUGGCGAACUGGGCAUUGCCUAUGCUUGUUUAGGAGAAUAUCACAAAGCCAUUGACCAUUACAAAACAGGUUUAGAAAUAAGCACUGCCCUUGGCGAUCGGUCAGGAAUAGCACGUAACAAUUGUAAUUUGGGAAUUGCCUAUUUUAGGUUAGGAGAAUAUCAGAAAGCCGUUGACCAUUACAAAACAAGUUUAGAAAUAAGCACUGCUAUUGGCGAUCGGUCAGGAAUAGCAAGUAACAAUGGCAAUUUGGGCAAUGCCUAUCGACGUUUAGGAGAAUAUCAGAAAGCCAUUGACCAUUACAAAACAGGUUUAGAAGUAAGCACUGCUAUUGGCGAUCGGUCAGGAAUAGCAAGUAACAAUGACAAUUUGGGCAAUGCCUAUGCAUGUUUAGGAGAAUAUCAGAAAGCCAUUGAGCAUUACAAAACAGGUUUAGAAAUAAGCACUGCUAUUGGCGAUCGGUCAGGAAUAGCAAGUCACAAUGGCGAUUUGGGCAAUGCCUAUGCAUGUUUAGGAGAAUGUCAGAAAGCCAUUUACCAUUGGAAAACAGGUUUAGAAAUAAGCACUGCUAUUGGCGAUCGGUCAGGAAUAGCAAGUAACAAUGGCAGUUUGGGCAAUGCCUAUCUUAGUUUAGGAGAAUAUCAGAAAGCCAUUGGCCAUUACAAAACAGCUUUAGAAAUAAGCACUGCUAUUGGCGAUCGGUCAGGAUUAGCAAGUAACAAUGGCAAUUUGGGCAAUGCCUAUGCAUGUUUAGAAGAAUAUCAGAAAGCCAUUGACCAUUACAAAACAGCUUUAGAAAUGAGCACUGCUAUUGGCGAUCGGUCAGGAAUAGCAAGUAACAAUGGCGAUUUGGGCGAUGCCUAUCUUAGUUUAGGAGAAUAUCUGAAAGCCAUUGACCAUUACAAAACAGGUUUAGAAAUAAGCACUGCUAUUGGCGAUCGGUCAGGAAUAGCAAGUAACAAUGGCAAUUUGGGUAAUGCCUAUCUUAGUUUAGGAGAAUAUCAGAAAGCCAUUGACCAUUGCAAAACAGGUUUAGAAAUAAGCACUGCUAUUGGCGAUCGGUCAGGAAUAGCAAGUAACAAUGGCAGUUUGGGCAAUGCCUAUCUUAGUUUAGGAGAAUAUCAGAAAGCCAUUGGCCAUUACAAAACAGCUUUAGAAAUAAGCACUGCUAUUGGCGAUCGGUCAGGAUUAGCAAGUAACAAUGGCAAUUUGGGCAAUGCCUAUGCAUGUUUAGAAGAAUAUCAGAAAGCCAUUGACCAUUACAAAACAGCUUUAGAAAUGAGCACUGCUAUUGGCGAUCGGUCAGGAAUAGCAAGUAACAAUGGCGAUUUGGGCGAUGCCUAUCUUAGUUUAGGAGAAUAUCUGAAAGCCAUUGACCAUUACAAAACAGGUUUAGAAAUAAGCACUGCUAUUGGCGAUCGGUCAGGAAUAGCAAGUAACAAUGGCAAUUUGGGCAAUGCCUAUCUUAGUUUAGGAGAAUAUCAGAAAGCUAUUGACCAUUGCAAAACAAGUUUAGAAAUAAACACUGCUAUUGGUGAUCGGUCAGGAAUAGCAAGUAACAAUGGCAAUUUGGGUAAUGCCUAUCUUACUUUAGGAGAAUAUCAGAAAGCCAUUGACUAUUCGAAAACAGGUUUAGAAAUAAGCACUGCUAUUGGUGAUCGGUCAGGAAUAGCAAGUAACAAUGGCAAUUUGGGCAAGGCCUAUCUUAGUUUAGGAGAAUAUCAGAAAGCCAUUGACUAUUCGAAAACAGGUUUAGAAAUAAGCACUGUUAUUGGCGAUCGGUCAGGAAUAGCAAGUAACAAUGGCAAUUUGGGCGAUGCCUAUCGACGUUUAGGAGAAUAUCAGAAAGCCAUUGACCAUUACAAUACAGGUUUAGAAAUAAGCACUGCUAUUGGCGAUCGGUCAGGAAUAGCAAGUAACAAUGCCAAUUUGGGCAAUGCCUAUCUUAAUUUAGGAGAAUAUCAGAAAGCCAUUGACCAUUACAAAACAGGUUUAGAAAUAAGCACUGCCAUUGGCGAUCGGUCAGGAAUAGCACGUAACAAUGGCAAUUUGGGCAUUGCCUUUGUUUGUUUAGAAGAAUAUGAGAAAGCCAUUAACCAUUACAAGACAAGUUUAGAAAUAAGCACUGCUAUUGGCGAUCUUUCAGGAAUAUCACGUUUGAAUGCCAAUUUGGGCAAUGCCUAUCUUAGUUUAGGAGAAUAUCAGAAAGCCAUUGACCAUUACAAAACAGGUUUAGAAAUAAGCACUGCUAUUGGCGAUCGGUCAGGAAUAGCAAGCAACAAUGGCAAUUUGGGCAAUGCCUAUCUUAGUUUAGAAGAAUAUCAGAAAGCCAUUGACCAUUACAAAACAGGUUUAGAAAUAAGCACUGCUAUUGACGAUCUGCCAGGAAGAGCAAUAAACCUCAGCAAUUUAGGAAAUGCGCAUCGAUGUCUUGGAGAGUAUGAAGCUGGGACACCAUUCUUAGUGAAGUCAAUUAGUUUGUACGAUGGAAUGUUUUUAGAUUUCGUUCCGGAUCAAAAUAAGGUAUCUUUCACGACACAAUAUUUCGUAUCUCAUAAACGUUUGAUGAGUUGUUUCCUUUCUUUGGAACGCAUUGAAUCCGCAUUAUUAGCCAUUGACCUUGGUAGGGCUAAGGAGCUCCAUUGCUGUGUUGAAAAGCAUAAGAAUUCUGUGGACAAGGAGAUGUUUGAUUAUGCAUGUGUAAUGUGGAAUAGAAUCGAGGCCAGAGAGGAACGAAGAGAAACGGAAGAAAUGAAAACAUUUCUUCAUCUAGGAGAAAAUGAUACCUCAGUAUUAGUAUUUGCUUUUGAUUUGGAAGCUUUUCUUAAUGUGUGGGUUUUAAAUGAUGAAGUUAUCUUUCGAAAAUUGGAUGCAUGUUUGGAAACAUUUCAGUUUCUAAUUAUGGAACUUCUUGGGAGGGAAAAAGUUAGUGUUGUUCGUAAUUCUUCAUUUUGCAACUCCGAUUCAGUUGUUAAUACUCACAAUCAAAUGAUUCUUCUAUUUGAAAUGGCAAACGGAAAGGCACUCUCUAAAAAUGCGUUUGAAAAUACUGCUGUUUGUUAUAGUGAUUUGA